UGGAAUACCUAGUAAGUGGCUGGAAGAGUACGCCAACAACGUGACCAAACUUAUCCUUGCGUCUGCCUACAGCACGAUGGACGAUGCUGCCGUCCUUAAAAAAAGAGGCUACAUCAUGGGAUCAAAUUUAGGAGAAGGCUCUUACGCCAAGGUGAAAUCGGCCUUCUCCGAACGGCUGAAAUUUGACGUAGCAGUAAAAAUCAUAGACAGAAAGAAAGCUCCGCUGGACUUUCUGGAGAGGUUCCUUCCGAGGGAAAUAGACAUCUUAGCCAAAGUGAACCACCGAUCCAUCAUAAAAACCUACGAGAUCUUCGAGACGUCGGAUGGCAAAGUCUACAUCGUGAUGGAGUUGGGAGUCCAGGGAGAUUUGCUGGAGUUCAUCAAGAGCAAAGGGGCGAUGCCCGAAGACAUUGCGAGGAAGAUGUUCCGCCAGCUAUGUGCCGCUAUAAAAUACUGCCACGAUUCUGACAUUGUCCACCGGGACUUGAAAUGUGAAAACCUGCUUCUGGACAAGGAUUACCACAUCAAGCUUUCGGACUUUGGCUUCUCCAAACGCUUGACACGUGAUGAAGAAGGCAAAAUAAUCCACAGCAAGACCUUCUGCGGUUCUGCUGCGUACGCCGCCCCAGAGGUGCUGCAAGGCAUCCCCUACGAGCCCAAGAUCUAUGAUAUGUGGAGCCUAGGCGUCAUUCUGUACAUCAUGGUCUGCGGCUCCAUGCCUUACGACGACUCCAACAUUCGGAAGAUGCUGAGGCUGCAGAAGGAGCACCGGGUGCAUUUCCCCAAGUCGAAAAACCUGACCAUGGAAUGCAAAGACCUCAUCUACCGCAUGCUCCAACCGGACGUCGCCCGGCGGCUCCACAUCGACGACGUUUUGAGCCACGUGUGGAUGCAGCCCCCGAAACCCAAGUGCGUCUCGACGACUUCCAUCGUGAAAAACGGGGAGAGUUCCCGGACUGAGUGUGAUCACAAGCCAAAUCACAAAAGCGAAGUGCAAGUAAGCAGCAAGUCGGAGUCCAAACAGGUGGCACAUUCCCGGCUGGAGGUAGUAGAAGGAGUGGGGAAACUGGGGGAAACAGGGAAGACAGACACCCUGGCAGAAGACGUAGUACUGCCCCAGUUUGAGAACACGGAAAACUGA